AUGAUGUUCCCUUCUCUGACCAAGACCUUCCUCCUUCUUGCCCCCCUUGCCUUGCUCGGUGCCUCUACUCCCAUUGACUCCAAUGGCAUGGACCGUGGCGAUGGUGUCUACGUCCACAACGAUGCCGGCCAGAUCAUCGAAUUCAUUCCUAUUGCAGAGAUCCAGGCCCGAGAACUCCCCGAGGUGAACACUACCGACUCGGAUGCCAUCCUACUAGAGCCGCGUAAAUUUGCCUGGGAAACCAAGUGCUUCUCUGCUAAGUUCGACAAGAACGACAAGAGAAUCGGUCUCUCUGAUUUGGGAGACAUCAUGGACCGUUACGGAUCUCUAAAGGCGAAGACCAUGUUCUCCGUCCAAUAUUAUACCGCCAUCGCGUACGUUUGCAAUUACAGCACGGUGUCCAUCAAUGUCGACCGCGGCACUUCGGGCAAAGUCAACGCAGGCCUUGACCAGUCAUGCCACGACAAUGUCGCUGCCAGGGGCGACUACCGAUCCGGCAUCAGCUAUGGCCGUACCGCAAAGGGCAAGCCAUUCUGCAACUAA